GCUUGGUCCGAGGAAAGAGAGGGAAUGGAGAGUGAAAACAGGGUGAUGUGUGUACUGUGAAUUCAAAACUGGGUGGGUCUACACUGUUUCACAUUUCCCAAAAACUCCCAGCGCGUUAAAGUACUUACAGUUUUCAGAAGGCCACGAUGUUGAUGCUAGCAGGAAUCGUUCUUCUGCACAUUACCACUAUCAUCCUGCUGCUGGUGGCCGCCAUUGAUAAUGCCUGGUGGGUCACAAACACAGUGUCGGCUGACUUGUGGGGCAGGUGGGAGUUGGCAAACUCCGCAUGGCAUUACACCAACCUGAAAGACUAUCCAGAGGAGUAUCUCCAGGCGGUGCAGGCCACCACAGUGCUGGCCUGUAUCUUUGCCAUCCUGGCCUUGUUUGUGUUCGUAGCUCAGCUAUUCACCCUGCCCAAAGGCCAGAGGUUUACCUUCUCUGGCAUUUUACAGCUAAUCUCCUGCCUGUGUAUAAUGAUAGCAGCCUCAAUCUACACGGCCGAGCUUCACCCCAACGAGACGGAGGGGGGGUUCGGACACUCAUACGUCCUGGCCUGGAUCUCUUUUGUCCUCACUUUUAUCUUAGCCAUCACCUACCUCAUCCUGCGGAAGAAGAGCGAGUAAGAGGAUGAAAGGAAGGAGGGCAGGCCAGAGAUCCUGUUCUCAGUUUGAGUUUGGGAAAUGAAAGAAAAUGAUUUAUUUAAAAAAAUUGGAGGAAAAAACGUAAGAUCUUUGAUCUACAUCUGCAGCUAAGAAAAUAGGAGGGAAGGGGGGGUUUAUGUCCAAUUGCUUACAAGAGCCAUUUGUUUAGAUUUUUUUUUUAAUGGAAAUAGAAGUCAUGCUUGCAUUACAUGAAGGGCUGAACUUGACGAUAUUACUUCACAGAUUUCUAUUUGAUGAAAGGGCAAUAUUUCACUGAGUAGAGCAGUGCGACACAAGGGAUGGUGCAACCUUUAAAAGUGCUUAUUUCAUAACAGUGUAACCAUAACAUAAUUCAUAAAUCAAUGUUCUUUUAUAAAGUAGUUACAUACACAUUUGGAGAACUGUCCAUGUUAGUAAUGUAAAAGAGUAGUUUGAACUCUGGAGAAAGAUGGUCUUUAUGCAGAGAGGAUGGAUGCCAUUCUGACUAAGAUAAAGAUUGGAAACAGUUAGCCAACUACCAAGUGUGAAAUGUACAAUUGUUGGUUUUAGGACUGAUAUCAACUUGACUGUUCGUUUGGUAAAGCGCUCAUCAAAAAAACAAGAAGCUAGACAGCGUUAGAGGUGCUGAUUUGUGGAUUUGGUUACCGUUUGACUAGUUUCCAUUUGCACACUUUUGCUAACAUACAGUAAUAAGACAGGUGUCAAAUAUUUUCAUCCAACUCUCUGCAAGAGAGGAAGAGAAUAGCUUAGCAGAGCACACACUAUUUGUUAAAGAAAGCAAAGGACCUUUUAAGAUUUAGCAGUAGAAAGUACUUAUCAUCCAGAGACUGAAAAGAUCCUGUAUCUGUGAAGGUAUGGCAGGUGGGAGAAGCUACAGGAUUCCUGUCUAACAAUCAGGAAAGACGAGCCUUAAUACACAGUACAAGUUUAAUCAUGUAUCCUUAUUUUACAACUGAUGAAGUAUAGUGUAUCUUUUUGUUUUAUGUACAUUGUAACCAUUAUAUUUUUGUAACAUUUUGUAUUGAGUGUUUUUGGUUGAUUUCGUGUCUGUGGUUGGCUGCUAUCAUAAGAAAGGUACAUGCAAUUUGUACAAGUCAACAAGGGAUGGAGGACAAUGGUGUUUCAUUUCACCAUAAUUCAAAACUAUGCAAUAGGUUUGUGUGUUUGUAAUUACAUUGGAAUUUAAGCCAUAUCAUUUAUUAA